AUGGCAGACCCAGGCCCUGCACAGGUGACCCUUUUGACUCCUCGAUCUCCCGUGAGGAUGCAGAUCUCCUACGAGGAUGCAGAAGACUGGCUCGAGGAAUACGAGCGCGUAGCCAAGUAUGAGUGGCAUACUGGACAGAAGCUAUCCCAUGUGUAUUUCUCUCUUGAAGACGGAGCCCGCACGUGGUUCGUAAAUCGCGAGGGAAUCUGGCCAAGCUGGGAGGAGUUCCGAAGCCAGUUCUUCCAUACGUUCGGGAGCUCCGAAAGAGUUGGUCAGACGCCACUGACGAAGCACCGGAUUAUCACGGAGGAGACAGAUGGACCAAUCCGACAAAACCCGUACCGUGCAGCACCAAAAGAACGCGAAGCGAUCCGAGAGCAAGCACGGAUGCUGAAGCUUUCGCUCAACGUGCUGAAGAAGCGAGACAAUUCGCCCGCGUCACAAUCGCCCGACAACAGGACUACGACGCUCGACGCUACAAUCUACGGCGCCGCUACCUCACAUAUCAGCCAGGCGACAAAGUGUGGGUUUGGAGCCCCAUCCGUUGGCGAGGGCUUUCAGAAAAGCUACUCAGGCGGUCCGUACAAGGCUUUACGGCACCUCAGCAACCUGAACUAUGAGGCUAUCCAUGACAGACCUGCUUCGUCCAGGUUCAGAGAGACUAAUGCAUCCCUGUUAGUGCAUAUCGACAGUACAUGCGUUUUUUUCUUCCAAGACCCAGCUGUUUGGACACCACGCCGGAAGCGCUUAAAGAAGACAGCAAUUCCGUCUAGGUGUCUUCCUGUCCGGGUGUUUGACGCUGUGGAUGAAGCUUCGACGGAAGCAUCCCGUGAAAGAUCUUUGCGGGCAUCAGCAAGAUCAUGGGCAUCUGUGUGCACAACUGAAAAUGGGCCGUCAAAUGUGCCUUUGGGGUCAUGUACAGCACAACAGCCGAACAUCGAAAGUUCGGAAAAUGUACCAACAGAGCUUGAAAGCAACCCAGUUACCGAGCUUGACCAAGGUGCCGCUAUAGCCCUGCAAAGGCUUGGGACAGCACUGAGUGAAGCUACAAGCCUCGAACGGUCUGCAUUGGAUGCACUUCUUGCCCUCAGUGAUAGGCGUUGUCGAUGUGUUGGCAUUGGCAUUCAAGUCUGCACCGAUUCAUCGCCAACCAGAAGGAACACAUUGGUUGACUUGCUCUCGGCAGAUGCUGCCAUAAAAGCCUUCACAGGUGUAGAAACUGUGGAAUUGUUAAUGUACUUGUCAGAGGCCGUUGCAAAACUUGACACACUCAGCACCGAGUGUAGUGUCUUAGAGCGCGUAAUACUUGUUCUCGUUCGCCUCAAGACAUUUUUAUCAUUUAAGUGCCUGGCGGUAUUGUUUGCGAUUUCCGAAGCAACUGUACACAGGUACUUUUAUGGCACUGUUCGCCAUUUGGCCGCUGUCCUCGAGGCAGCAGUUCCGUGGCCAACUGCUGAGGAGAUAAAAAAAAUUGGCCGCAUUGCUUUGCAGCAUUCGGAGAUGUCAGGGUUCUACUUGACUGUACAGAGGUGGAGGUCGAAAAAUCGCACUGUGCCUCAUGCCGUAUACUGA